UAGUCGCUCAUCGCGCCGGCAGCAGAGCUAAAUAGUGAAUGCACGUGUUCACGCUGCCAGCUCUAAUAACAAACUGUGUAAAAGACAUUUAUUCAACAGAAAGUUAUUCUCACAAUGUCUUCCAUUAAUAAAAAAAGACUGCGUAACAGAUUAAAUAAAUUACCCAGCAUCGGAUGCCCCCAAAUCAAAGAGGCAUGGGACAAGAGGAGAUCAACACGUAAUAAUUUACUAAACAUGGGCUUAGCUUAUGAUCCUAACAAAGUAAUAAAAAUGCCAGACUCAACAAAAGAUGUGCUAUUAAAAAGUAUUGGAAAGUCUGGGGAAAACUUUGAAAAUACUAAAACAAUAAUCCCGACAAAGCAGUAUGUUGCCAAAAGUUUAGAAGAAGAUGCCAAGCAUCCAAGAGUCAGGCUCUUUAGGUUACCUAAAAAUGAAGUAUCAUUUGCCACUUAUAUGCUAGACAAAUAUGGAGAUGAUUAUAAGGCAAUGGCUAGAGAUCGUAAAAAUCAUUAUCAGUUGACUAGCAACCAAAUACGAGCUAAAAUCAAUCGAUUCAAAAGUGUACCUGAACAAUAUGCUGAAUACUUAGUAACUAAAGGUGAAAUCGUUUUAGAUGAUCCAACUCCUUUAGGAAAAAUAAAACCACCUCCAGCUUAUGUGGAACCAUCGAAACCAAGUUCCAAAAAAUUGAAGAAAAAGAACAAAACAAGUCUUUUAAAAUCAGUGUGGGAAGAAGAAUCCAUUUUAGAAGAUAAGUUUUGUGAUAAUUUAACUGAAGAGUCUGAAAAAGAUGAUAAAAGUGAGAACACUGUCAAGUCAAAAAAACUCCAGUUAUUUUCAGAUGAUGAUGAUGAAAGUGAUAAUGAAGCCUUUGGGAUGAAUAUUGAUGAAGACAAAGACGAAGACGAAGAUUCUACUGAAGGUGAAAAUGAAGAUUCUUCCGAAGGUGAAAAUAAUGAUUCUGAAAAUGAUGACGAUAAUAAUGAUAAUCAUGAUGAUGACGAUGACGAUGAUGAUGAUGAUGAUGAUGAUGAUGCCGAAGACAUAAUUUUAGAUAAUUUUAAAUACUAA